CCUAUUGAAAUCUCCAUUACGACAUUAUAGUCAAAGUUUUGUGCUUUGCCUUUUCUCAUUAAAAUCACUCUCUUUCAAACCACUUUCUUUCCGUUUCAAUUCACUCUUCUCUCUCAACCCAUACUCUCUUUUCUUUACCAAAAACCAACCAAAUAUUUUUUCUUUUUCUUUUUCCUUAUGCCCAAACACCCUUUUCAUUUUCCCUCCGAGUAAUUUCAACUUAAUGGACACACUAAAACCCAAAUCAGCUUUCAACAACAACAACAACAAGAGCAAAUUAGCAAGAACAUUUCAGAAAGUGAUAAACCUCAAAACCGCGUCGAAAAUCGCCUCCAACAAUGGCAUUUGCAUGCUCAAUCCUCAGUCUUGCAGAGUCGUCAGAGAAAAAGAUGACGAUGAACUACAACGUUAUAACAACAGUUAUGGCAGUAAGCAGUUCACCGAAGAUCUCAAGUCUCGGAACAGGGCCGUCAUGGAAGCUCUUGUCGCGAAGCUUUUCGCCGGGAUCACCUCCAUUAAAGCCGCUUAUGCCGAGCUCCAGAUGGCCCAGAAUCCUUACAACAGCGACCUCAUUCAGGCCUCUGAUCAGGCCGUCGUCGACGAGCUCAAAGCGAUCUCGGAGCUUAAACGAAGUUUUUUAAAGAAAGAGCUCGAUUUGUCUCCCCAGGUCACCAUUAUGCUCGCCGAGAUUCAAGAACAGCAAGCGGUAAUGAAGACUUACGAGAUCACCAUUAAAAAGCUUGAGUCAGAGGUUGACAAAAAGGAUUCGGAGAUCUCCUUUCUUAGGAAAUGCCUCGAAGAGGCCGUUUUAAUCAACAGAACGAUGGAGAAGAAGCUGAACGCGAGCGGGUCGUUGUCCGCUUUCGAUAAUAUAAAGCUUUCUUCGCUGACUCAGACGCAUUUUUCUCAGUUCUUGCAAGGGUGUUUGAGAUCAGUGAGAAACUUCGUCAAGUUGUUGGUGAGAGAAAUGGAGUCUGCGAAUUGGGAUCUCGAUUUGGCCGUAAAGUUCAUCGAGCCCAACUGUUGUUUUUCGACGAAAAACCACAGAUGUUUCGCUUUCGAAUCUUUCGUUUCGAAAACCAUGUUCGAAGGAUUCAACUUUCCCACCUUCAACCUCGAAAACGACAGCAAAAUAGUAGGCGAGUGUGAUUCUCAAUCAGAAAUUUUCUUCGACAAGUUCAAGAAGCUGAGACCGGUGAGUCCGAAACACCUCUUUACGCAGAACCCAAACUCGUCGUUUGGGAAAUUCCUGAGAGUGAAAUAUACCCAGCUGGUUCACGCGAAAAUGGAGUGCUCUGUUUUCGGAAACCUGAACCAGAGGAAGAUGGUGACGUCAUGCGGGUACCCGGAAACGCCGUUCUUCAAUGCGUUCGCGGAAAUGGCCAAGAGGGUUUGGCUUCUCCAUUGCCUGGCCUUCUCGUUCGGCGAAGAAGUUAUGGUUUUUCAGGUGAGGAAAGAGUCCAGAUUCUCCGAGGUUUACAUGGAGUGCGUGACACAAGACGUGCUCUUCUCGUCGUCGUCCGGUGAGCUCGACGACGUGAGUCCCGAGGCGGACCUCCGAGUGGGUUUCACGGUGGUUCCGGGGUUCAAGAUCGGAAAGAUGGUGUUUCAGAGUCAGGUAUACUUGUCUCCGGCGACUUCUUCUCCGGCAAGUUGAAGGUUUUGAGGACUUCCACGCGCUUCUUGUAUUUUUUUUGUUUUUGUUUUUGCUCCGAUAUAGAUGAAAAAUGGUCAGGGCAGCAGCAAUAGCGUUAAGCACUACAACUAAUACGAGGUGGGUCGUAGUAUGAGAUGUAAAACAUUCCUUUACCGGUAUGCUAUAGCAUUGUUUAUAUAAAUAGUUCAAUUUAAAAACAAUGCUAAAACAUACCGGUGAUGUUCGACAUCAUACAUAUAAAAUAUUUCAUUUUCUAUUAGUUGCAGUGUUUAAUAUUAAUAGUACUUCAAGUAUUUUUUUCUUUCCACAAUUUAGGCUGUUGGAUCUUUUGAGGAGUUUAAGAUCAGACAGUGGUAAUGCUGGUGAUGGUUGGCAAUAGGGGAAUUGUAUAUAAAACGGUUGAUUUGGCUAUCGCCGGUGCUUUUUCUGUAACUGAGCUCCUACAUGUUUGGAAGAGUGCGGUGGCGCGUGGACGCACGUGCUUCAUUCACGGAUUUUGCUUUUCUUUGGUGGAGUAACUGGUACAGUUGGGAAUAGAGACAAGUGGGCCCAUAUAAUGACGUGGCUGAUGGAGGGUGUGAUCUGAGAGUGAAUUAUGGCCAUGGAGCGAUGGGGGGCGGGCUCAAAGGUUGUGGGACAAGAGUAGAGCUUCAUUCUGUCUUUCUUUUAGACUUUAGUAUAGAUAGUGGUUAUGGUGGGAAGGGGUAUAAAAGAAAAUUUAAUGAUUAAUGUCGCUUCUGUAAUCUGUUGUGUAACUGUUUUUUGUAUAAAAACAAGCAUGAGCAAGAUCAAGAAAAACUUUAGUAG